GUGAACACCACGAAAAGUCAAAAUCGCGUAACUUUGAUUGUAUUGACCUACAAGCAUGUCUAAACGGUUUCAGUCAAUAAUUACUAGAUAUGUGAUUUAGAUGAGUAAUCUGGAGGCUAGCCGGAUUUUGGCGUCAGCUCUUAAAGAUGUUGAUGAGAUUCUGAAAGUGAAUAAAUAUGAAACAGAUGAUUAUGACGCUGAGAUCAGUAAUGACAAUCGAGAUAUAUUACCGAAAAUCUUAAUUCAGAAUACCGAAGGAAAGUCUCAUAAUGAAACUCUGAACGACAGCAGAAACGUAUUUGAUGAGGCAUAUCUUUACAGGGCUGGGAAAGACUUUUCCGUUCUAAUGAAUAGACUUCAAAUAUGCAUCAAUAAACUGAAUCAAUCAAAACUCGCACCUUCAAUCCACGCAUCAGAAUAUCAAGCUCUAAAAUUUGGAAUCACUGAGAACAGUUCAUUUGAUAUUGCUCAUCGCACAACCACACAACCUACUAAAUUCAACUUGAAUUUAAGUGAACAAUCUAAACAAAUGCAGUCUCAACAAGUGUUUCCCCCAGAUGAAUUUAGUACAUGCCUCAACGAUAAACGCUUUCAUCAACGAAUCACUAAAUUACGAGGACAAGUACAAGCACAAGCUAAUCGUAUUGCAGAAUUAGAGAAAGAUGGAAAUCCAUUAUCUUAUUUGGUCAAUAAAAACUGUACAACCGAUCAUCGUAAUAAAAAUAUUAGUCAACUACCAAGUGAUAUGGAUAAUCUUCAAUUAUUAAAUGAAGUUUCAAAACAACAUUUACGUAUUAAUGCACUGGAAGAGACUAAUCGAGAUUUAGAAGAGAAAAUUAACAAAUUAGAGAAAGAAUUAUCACAACGUCCAAGUUUAUUUAAUCUGAGAAAUUCAUAUGAAGAUUUACAAAGUUUAAAAUAUAACAGACAAUGUGCAACAAUACGUCCGACUGUAUCUAAUCGAUCAGCUACAUUAUCAAAUAAUAUACGUACAUUAAAUGAAUCAUCAAGAGAAUCAAAUAGGCUGAAUUAUCCAACUUUAUUCCGGCGUUCUAUCACUCCAGUUACAUUUAAUAAUAGUUGUUCAUUUAUCACUACAUCUAAUCAGCCUGAGUAUAAUUUGAAUUUUAUUCAUCAAUCACUAACUGGUACUCAGUCGACCCCACCGACAUCCCGUUUAAUUAAUGAUAAAUCAUACAAAUAUGAUGCUUAUAUACCAUGCGAACAAAUAAAUCAUCAUAAACUUUCAUCGCCUGGUGAAAAUUACGCCUACUUAAGUGCUGAUCAAUUUAAAUCUGCUAGUCUUAAUGAAUUAUGCUAUUCAAGAGUUAUGCAACCUGUUACUACAACUACUAAUAUCAGUACUACUACUAGUAGUAAUAACAUCGUCAAUCCAAACGCUAGUAGACGUUCGUUAGCACAAAAUCGAUAUAGUAUGAAAUCUCCACCAGCUGAUAUUUUCAACGGUGGCAUACAAGAUUCAGCUAAAAUAAAUCUACUUCCACCACAGUAUGGUAGUAGUUAUCAUCAACAUAUUUACAAUAAUUCACGUACACGAUCACCAACACCACUUCAAUGGUAUCAGUAUACAAGAAAUAAUUUUAUUGAUGGUCGACAAACAUCAACAGAUUGUGAAUUAAAUGGAAGUGUUAAUUUAUUCAAUUCAUCAGGUGAAUGUGAUUCACCAUCUUCAGGAAGAUGCACAAAUGUACAUGAUACCCAUUUGUAUACAUCAAGAAAUAUAUUAAAUUUAUCUAAUGCCUCCUCUUCUUCUCCUUCUGAGCAACAACAUCAUAUUGAGACGGUAAACAAUUCAACAAAUAUUUUAAAAGAUGAAAAAAGUUCAUCACUUUCAAAAUCUACCCUUAAUGGAAAGAAUCAAUCAAAGAGAUUGAAUAUUGAACGAGCAUAUGGUAAAGGUUGGCGAAGUAUUACCAUACCUUCUAGUCCAAGUCUUAUCGAUGUCUUCCAUUGGCUUUCACAAGGUCAAAUGAAUAACUUCAUAUCAAAUGGUUUGAAUAAAUCGAAUUCCAUGCAUCAUCAUCAAUGUAAACCAAAAAACAGUUUAAUCAAUUCUGCAUUAUAUAUAAGGUCUAAAAGUAUGGAACGUUAUUAUGGUGGUGGUUCACUGAACAGAUCACGUAGAAAAACACAAGAAACUACUCUUCCUUCUAUGAGCAACAGUAAUAAUAGUCAUGUUGAUGAUGUUUCUGCUAAUUCUGUCUACAAUUCUUCACCACCUUCAGUUCUACAUACCAAUUCAAUUUGCAAUAUUAAAUCACAACAGAGCUAUCAGGGAAGUGCCCUUGAAUCCAAUGAAAAUGGUCCAUUGAAUAAAAAUAUGUCUGUACUAAGUAAUAAUAAAUCGUGUAAUAAUCAUGUGAAAAAUGGACCUCAUUCAUUUGAUAGUUAUAAAAACAUUCAAUCCAUUUCAUCUUCUGUACGUCAUGAAUCGAAUGAGUCUACGUCUUCAUAUCUGGACAACGUUAACAAAUCCCCUUUAUCUCAUAAUGGUCUUAAUUCAUCCAGCGAACAACGUCAAUUAUUUCAAUUCGCCUAUACUAAGCGAAAUUUUAUCACUUGGGAUAAAAAUAUGAUUUCAGCAUGGUUAUAUAAAAUUGGUCUAGGUUAUACAGUAUCACAUACACGAAGAUGGUUAACUUCUGGUCAAGAUUUAAUAAAUGAAUCCAAAAAAUCACUUGCACAAUUAAUGUGUAUACGUAACCCGUUACACUUGAAGAAAUUGUUAAUCCAUAUACGUUUAUGUAUGAAAGACCAGUAUCCUAAUAAUAGUAAUAAUAUUAAUAAUAAUUACAAUUAUGGGUGUUUAUAUAGAAAUAUAGAACCACCGGAAAAUUUCGACAUACCGGGUUGGUUACAUGAUGUGGGUUUAUCGUCUUAUAUUCCACAAUUCGAUAAUUGCAUCAUUGACCCUUAUGUGCUAGAUCAACUUACUAUGGAUGAUUUAUCUGUGUUGAAAAUGUCUAGUGAAUUACAUAUGUUAAGUUUACGAUGGGGAUUACAAAUGUUAAGACAUAUUAAUUUUGAUAGAAAUCGUUUAUGCCGAAGUCAGAUGGAACAAUGUGAAGCAAAUUUACCUUGUAAAAGAAACAUGUUACAUUCUCCCAUCCAAUCGUUAAAUCAUAUUCAAGAUAAUAUAAAACCUAAUAAUGGACAUAAUGGAAAUCAUGUGCAUACGUCUUGCUUGAAUACUAUUUCUACUUUACAACCAGAUUCCAUGAAUUCUGAUAUUAAUUUUAUUUGUUCAACAUAUUUACCAAUACAAAUUUGUUAUUGGACUCAACAACGAGUAAUGAAUUGGUUACAAAGUAUCGAAUUACCUGAAUAUGCUAGUGAAUUAUGCGGAAAUGGUGUACAUGGUGCUUUAAUGAUUCUUGAAGAUCGUUUUACACCAGAUCUUUUAGCUGAUAUUUUGCGAAUUCCUCCAGUGAAAUCACUUGUUAGACGACAUUUAACAAAUAAAUUUAUUGAACUUGUUGGGUUAGAUAUAUGGAAGCGCAAACAACAUAACGAAACCACUAAUAAUAAUAAUCCACUGACAAUACAUUCUAAAAUCAAAUUUACGAAAAAGAAAAAUAUUUUCAAUUCUAACCGUGGACACAAGUCCAACCAUCACAAUCAUGUUAGUGGUGUUGGUGAUGAUGAUGCAAGUACUGAGCUUGUUUGUCCUAUUGAAAUCGAUGCCAGUCAUACGAGUAUCUUUGCCGAAGAAAUAGUCAAACCUAAUCGUCAAAGCAUACAUCUACAAGCAGAAAAUGUUCAAGCAAUACUCAUCGAUCCGGUUGCUGCAAAAGUGCAGCACCUAGAACUUCAAGAAACUGACCUGUGAAUCGAACAAAUAAAUAAACUAUUCUGGAUAUAAAAUAUGAUAAUUUACUAUCCAAUAUAUUACCAUAUUGUUAUUAUACUACUGAAUAAUGUUUUCUGAUUAAAUCCAUGUAUAAACAACUCAACAACUCUUUGUAUACAAUAUUUUAUUGAUUUCUUCCAUCAAUCUCUCCAUUGUUACCGCCCUUUGCCCCACCCCACUUUAUUGUUCAUUACUUCUUAGAUUUGUAUCCACUAUCAAUUAUAUAUAUUUAUAUAUAUCCUCACAAGUAUGAAUUCUUGACAAAUAUUUCAUAGUAUACCAUUGAUGUAAAAUUCCAUUUCAUUAUUCAAUGAACAAAAUAACCAAUACAAGAUAUCAGAAAAUACAAUUCAACACAACUCCCAUUCACCUUACGUCCACAGAUAUACACAAACAUGAUAAUGUAUAGCUUAAUUUUACUGAUUUAACUAUUUUCUAUGUAUGACUAUGGUCUCUAUCAUAUGAUUACUGCUCAACUCCACAUAGCAAUCUUUAAAACCAACAACAAUGAAAUCUUGUUCAAUUGUCAUCUUAUCAUUCUUAACAGAUAACUUAUCAUUGUCUCUGUCAAUAUUAUUACUACUAUGAUUAUUUAUUCACCUACAUCUUGAUCAUGUUUUGUUUUGUUAAAAAAACAAAUUGCUUUUUCUCCUGUGAUUUUGCUUUUCUUUACAUUGUCAGUUAAUUUAUAAUGCUUCUUCUCUGUUUUAUUUGUGAAGUACCAAGUGUGUAAAUGUAUGUAUUGAUCAUAAUGGAAUUUGUCAUUAUAUUAUACUGUAAUGAUUGAUAUAAUUACUAUGAAGUGAACUAAUUGUGUUGACCAAUCAAAAUAAUAAAAUUGAUUUUUUUUUUAGAAAAAAAGUUUUUAGUUGGAUACUCC